AUGGAUGCGAGCCAGAUUUCACGAAUGGUUGAAGCCGACAUACUAGAACAAUCACUCGAUCAAAUUAAUCAAAAUUCGCCAAAUGCAGCAGCACUCGAAGAAACCAUUCAAAUCGACUACCUCCUAUCGAAAUUUCCGUCUGUCCCGAUUCCCGAGGGAUCUAUCCGUGCAGCCAUCUACUCAACAUCCACAGACGUCUUUUCAGCGCUUCUUCGUAAAGAUGCCACCAUUAUCAAUCGCCAAUUCGAUAGACGUCGCACAUCUAUUGCGUUGGCAUAUAUGAACAAGCAACCGGUUGAGUUUUUGGAAUUCAUGUUAAAGGCAGGUGCGGAUCCAAACCAGGAUCCCGAUACUGCUCCUCCGCCUUUGAUCUCAGUGGCAGCUUUCUAUAAUGUCAUCAGAGUAGCAGACGUUUUAUUAGAGUAUGGCACAAAGUUAGAGGGCUCCGGUGCUCUUGAGAUGGCGGUAGGUAGGGGAAACGAGGUUAUGGUGCGAUAUUUCACUGAUCAUAACUUGCAUGUCCUUGACCACGAAUACUCGAGUACUGGAAGUUGUAUGCAUGUUUCUCAUGCAUCGAGGCGCAGUCGAAAAAAAAGAGCAGAAGCACGUGAUUUGAGAAAAAUCGCGGAAACCCAGGAAACCCAGGAAGCAACAACUUCUGCUCAACUUUCAGUCAUGUAUCAUCAUAUCUCUGCUUUUAGCACUUUUGCGGUGCUUGGUACUUCUUUGGCGAUAGCUUCUGCUCUAUCCAGCAAUAGCCAAAGUAGCAAUUCGACUAAGCAAUGGACGUUUGAUGAAAUUUCAUCGUCGACCAGUCUAAUCUGGUAUCCAUGCUUUUCUGAUUUCUUUUGCGCCAUGUUGGAUGUUCCUCUUGAUUAUUCCAAAACAAAUGGAACGCGUGCCUCCGUUCCGUUAAUCAUGAUAGCUGCUCAGAAUAACUCGACCGACGGCCCAUAUCAAGGAAUGAUCCUCACGAAUCCAGUAGUGGGAACUAAUUACGAUAUUGUCUCUUUCGAUCCCAGAGGGAUGGGUCGUAGUAUUCCACUCGCCGAUUGCUCAUCUUCUCUUUCAUCCAAAAUUCGUCGACGCAAUUUUGGUCUUUCAGGACCAGAAUUUGACUCAUCUUAUUGGACUGAGGAGUUUCAAAAAUCAUUUGACUUCGGUGCAGAAUGUAAUGCAAAGAUUGGAGGUUCUGAUCAGGCUGGACCUCAUAUGUCUAUGGCGGUGGUUGCUACGGAUAUGCUUAGUAUUGUGGAUGCCUUUGCUAAGACGGAACGUGGUCAAAGUGUUGAGACAUUAUCGCUUCUCAACUACUGGGGAUUCAGUUAUGGAUCCUUUCUCGGUCAAACAUUUGCAUCGAUGUACCCAGAUCGAGUUGGUCGCUUUGCAAUUGAUGGUGUUGUAGACCCAGAUGAUUAUAUCUCCGGAGCGGAACUCGACGACAUAUAUCUGGAAGAUGCGGUCAUUGAUUCAUUCUUUACAUAUUGUCAUCUUGCCGGCACUUCACUCUGUGACUUCUAUACAGGUAAUAGCUCCGAGGACAUCCGCCACCGCUUCGAAAACAUUUUCCUUCCACUCAAUGCAUCAUAUGCCUUCGCCCAAAACUGGACAAAUGCUACCACAAUUCAACACUCCCUCGAAUCAAUCAAAUCCACAAUUAGACUCACAGCCUAUACGCCUAUCACCUCCUUUCCCAUUUUAGCCACCCAACUUGUCGCCUAUGAAGCCGCACUCUCAAAUUUGACGAUCGCCGCAAUAGAAAGUGCUAGUAACAUCGGAACCACAACCACCAACAUUAUCGGCACUCUUCCUGAACUACCCGAGUGGCUUCCUGGUGUUUUUUUGCGGAGAAAUACCUUCAAUCUAUGGACAGACGUACGAGGAACUCAAGCCCGUUAUCGAAACGAUUGA